UGGAUCAAGUUUACUCUUCUGAGGAGCUUCUGGAGCAAAUACUGUGAGAGCAGCUACUCGAUCAGAGCUCAGGAUCUGAUUGCUUAUCUCCUGCAGAUCCGCUGAACGUUCAGCCGUGUGUUUUCAGGAGGAAGAGCUCUGCUGACACCUGCACCAUGAGGAAGGGCUCCUGCUGCAUGUUCACGUCGGGAGUCGCCGGCGCUGUUCUCCUGAUCAUGGGAAUCAGCCUCUUUGUGUCCGGACUCUUCCAGACCUUGAUCCACAACAAGCUGAAGAGGGAGAUCACACUGACGGAAGACAGUAAAAUUUUCGCCACGUGGAAGAAUCCACCGCCUCCGGUCUACAUGGAGUUCUUCAUCUUCAACGUCACAAACCCCGACAAGUUCCUGAAAGGAGAAGCCAAACCUCAUCUUACUACAAUGGGGCCGUACACCUACAGAGAGUACAGGCCCAAACACAACGUGUCAUUUGUGUACAACGGGACGAAGGUUGCCGCUUACACAGCCAAGAUUUUCGUCUUUGAGCCUGAGAAAUCAGUUGGAGACCCGAACGUGGAUCUGGUGACGACGGUGAACAUCCCAGCGGUGGCCGUGAUGAAUCGAAUCAAAGGUGCAGGAUUCUGGGUCUCCUCGGGAAUCUCCAUGUACAUGGGCUCCAUCGGCACCACUAUGUUCAUGACACACACGGUGCAGGAGCUGCUCUGGGGCUUCAAGGACCCGCUACUCAGCCGACUGAAGACUAUAAAGCCAGAUACAGACGAAUACUUCGGUCUCAUGCUGCAUGUGAGUCUCAGAUCAGACGCUUAUCUGUGGAUCCUUCUGCAGAUCUUCUGCAGGUCCAUCCACAUGCGCUUUGAGAAGGAGGUGGAGCUGAAGGGCAUCCCAGCGUACCGCUUCACCCCACCCCGGGACGUGCUGGCCAGCGGGGAGAACAACCCGGAAAACAAGGGAUUCUGUCUGACGCCAAAGAAAUGCCUGGACGACGGCGUGCUGGAUGUGUCUGUGUGUCGGAAAGGUGCUCCUGUCGUCGUGUCGUUCCCUCACUUUCAUCUGGGCGAUGAGAAGUACGCCAAAGCUAUCGAUGGCAUUUCUCCGGUGCACGAGCAUCAUCAGACCUUUCUGGAUCUGAACCCUACUAUGGGAGUGCCUGUUCGUGCCAUGAAACGAGCCCAGAUCAACAUUCAUCUCGAGAGAAUGACCGGCUUUCCUUUGACCAGGAAUCUCAACAGCACUAUCUUUCCCAUUUUGUUUCUGAAUGAGUCUGUGGUGAUUGACGACGCUUCAGCGGCGAGGAUUCAGAAGCUGCUGCUGAUCGUGACUCUGGUGUCUCAUUUCCCGCUCAUCCUCGUGGCUCUGGGAGUCAUUCUGCUGCUCGUCUCCAUCAUCCUCGCCAUUCACUUCUAUCAGAACAAGGUAAUCGCAAACACCCAGAACACCCUAAACACCAUAGCAACUGCUUAG